CUUAUGCAAUAUCCCUCCCCAAAGAAAGACAAGGAAUCGUAGCGAGAGGAUGACCACCACCACCACAUUGCCGAUGGCGUCUAUGCUUCCGUCCUCUUCGCCCUCAACCUUUUCCCUCAGGCGAAGUUGUUUUAGUGUAAUGUGCUCAUCUAACAGUAGCAGAAGCAGUGCCAAGAUCUCCUUGCCUCCGGUUAACCCUGGAGACCCCUUCCUGACGAAGCUAGCUUCAGUCGCUGCUAAAAAUCCUGAAGCUCUCUAUAAUCGGACAGCCGAUUCUGAUGAGCCUCCGUAUUUGGAUAUCUUUGACUCCCCCACGCUCAUGGCCGCUCCUGAGCAGGUGGAGAGGUCAGAUUCAUACAGUGAUUAUGGGCGAGAUGAACCUCCCCCAGAUUUGCCGUCAUUGUUGCUCCAGGGUAGAAUAGUUUAUAUUGGGAUGCCAUUGGUACCUGCUGUCACAGAGCUUGUACUCUCAGAGUUGAUGUACCUGCAAUAUAUGGACCCCAAGAAGCCUAUUUAUCUUUACAUCAACUCUACUGGGACUACCCGUGAUGAUGGAGAGACUGUGAGUUUUCCAUGUCCUUUAUUCUGGUCGCCAUGGAAACUGAAGGCUUUGCAAUUUAUGAUGCUAUGAUGCAAUUGAGAAACGAGAUUCAUACUGUUGCGGUUGGGGCUGCCAUAGGUCAGGCAUGUCUCUUGCUGGCUGCAGGAACUAAAGGGAAAAGGUUUAUGCUGCCGCAUUCAAAAGCUCUGAUUCAACAGCCUCGGGUACCAUCAUCUGGGUUGCUACAGGCCAGUGAUGUUUUCAUUCGUGCUAAAGAGGCGAUAAUACAAAGAGAUAUGCUUGUCGAGCUUUUGGCUACUCACACUGGAAAUCCUGUAGAGACUGUUGCUAAUGUGAUGAAAAGGCCAUUCUACAUGGAUCCUAUAAAAGCAAUAGAAUUUGGCGUCGUUGACAAGAUACUUUGGCGUGGUCAGGAGGACAUUAUAUCUUCACCAGAAGACUGGGAGAAAAAACCCAGGAAUUAGAUCUGAUCAUCUGAUGAUGCUUUUUAAGUUGUUACAAGAAAAGAAAUAGUUGAAUGAUAAUUGCCAUUUUUUAGUUGUGGCUCCUGCUAUUGGCCAUGCUUUCUUGUACGCUUGUGUGGAUCCUAUCAUUCCUAUGGAUUUUGUUUGGUCUUAGCAUUUUGGUUGUAUCUUAGGCUCUGUUUGGAGGAUGUGGAAUCUAGUCUAGGAAUGCUGUUGAUGUUUGAUUUCGGCAUCCCCGGCUUUAAUUUUAAGAAAAUCUUAACGUUCAAAUA